AUGUCUGAGGCAGCCAAUGGUGACAACCUGUCCAAGGAUCCACCAUCACGAAUAUCCCAAGAAUUGCGCAAUUUCUAUGCUGAGCACAAUGUCGAUCUAGCUCGACUGGAACAGGUCGGAAAAUCAGGAGAGUCGGAUCCCUUUCCAUUCCGAUUUGUUCGUCUGAAUCCUCGAUUUGAUCGAGGAGAAAGCCUCAAGAUUCUCAACAAGGAAGUUGGUGAGCACAAGGUGGAGGGAAAGGAGCCUCACAAACCGAUACCUGUCAAUUGGAUCGGUUCGGAAUGGGGAUUUUUUGCUUUGCCAGCAUCAUUUCCUUUGGCGUCGUCGGAAAGUUUUACAUCCGGUCGAGUAUAUGGAAUGGAUGUGAGCUCUGGAGCAGGUGCAGCAGCAUUACUUUCUAAUUCAUUUGAUACAAAUCCAAGUCAGACUGGAGAUCACAACUCUGCUGCAGACAUCAGUGACGAGAUUCGAGUACUGGAUCUGUGUUGUUGUCCAGGACUCAAGCUGUGUGCUAUGGCAGAUCAUUUCAGAGACCAAAAGGCAACAAUCAUCGGUGUUGAUGUAUCGGAACCAAGAAUGGCGCUGUGCAAGAAGAUUGUCACAAAAUAUCAAUUGUCGCAUAGUGAUGAUGCUGAACCUGCAAAUACCAGUUCAAUUCCAAAAGCGAAAGCCAACAUUCAACUGUAUUGUCAAGAUGGAACGAGCUUUGGUACGAACUGGAAGGAGCAAAACCUAGUAUUCGACACCCGAUCGGCGCUGGAAGAUAUUUCAGUCCGAGGCAAACGAAAACGCAUGAACAAGAGCGCAAGAGCUCGUGAACGAAAGCGAUUGAAGGAGAUUGCUUCCGAAGAUUGGACACGGUCUCAACAGUCUACCACCAAUGAGGACAGCAAUCAAGAGUCACAAGCACCAGGUGCUCCGGGGAUCCUACUAUUUGAUUAUGUCUUGGUGGAUGCCGAAUGCAGUACUGAUGGUUCCUUGAAGCACAUGAAGGAACGGCUCAAGAGUGGCACUGACGACCCCAAGCAAGCUGAAGAAACGACAGUAAUCGAAACCAAUGACAUGCUCACGGACCAAAGGCAACUGGACGAAUUGGUAGAUUUGCAAAAGCGACUGUUGGAAUCGGGGUAUCGAUUGCUAAAGCCAGGCGGCAAAUUAGUGUAUUCCACUUGUUCCCUUUCUCACGCGCAAAAUGAAAAUGUGGUGAAAUGGCUGCUGGAAAAGUAUCCCGACGAUUGUUACUCCAUUCCUGUUAACUUUCUUAAUGCCAAGAGCACACUCAUUGUGGAAGGCACACUAAAGGGAACAAUACGAUUCUAUCCCAACCUGGCCAAGGAGGACAUGGAGCUAUUCGGAGAUGGAUUCUUCCUUGCCAAACUAGGCAAACGAGAAUAG